AUGUUGGGCCAAUAUAAUAUCCGAAGAUACUUCAACCAAAGACUAGCAUUAUCAUGCAGCCUGGUUGCUCUUUCAAGCUUCAACUAUGCUUUUGAUAACCAGGGCUUUGCCCAAGCACAGGCUAUGGAUGCCUUUGCAAAGAAAUUUGGUGUAUACAGCACUGCGACAGAUACCUGGACUCUCGAUACCCAGUGGAAGUCAUAUUUCAAUGGGUUACCUUAUUUGACGUUUGCCUGUGGUGUGGUGAUUGGAAGUAUGAUAAGCGCUCGAUUUGGUCGCCGAUGGUGCAUGUGUAUAAUGAGCAUCUAUGCACUGGCUACUGCUGCGGUUGUCACGACGUCUCAAACCAAAGAACAGAUCUUGGCAGCAAGAAUCCUGAACUACAUCUAUAUUGGCAUGGAACUUUCUGUGGUGCCAGUCUUUCAAGCUGAGAUUGCUCCAACUCAAGUCCGUGGGUUCAUGGUGGGAACUUAUCAGUUGACUAUUACUGUGGGAUAUAAGUUUGGAGGCAUGGUGAUUGGCUGGGUGUGCAAUGGCACGAGCAAGAUAUAUGACGACCGAGCUUGGAGGAUCCCAUUAGGGCUGUUUUUCAUCAUACCAAGUAUCAUUAUAUCUCUCAUUUGGUUUAUUCCAGAGUCUCCUCGAUGGCUUCUUGUCAAAGGCCGCACAGAAGAGGCUCGAGCUAAUUUGCAGAAAUUACGACAAGGAGCUUUCACCCCAGAAGAGAUUGAAGAAGAGUUCUCCUUGUUGAAGACAAGGCUGGAAGAAGAACCCGAGCAAGGCCAUUUCAGAGAAUUAUUUUCCCAAGUCAACCGGAAACGAACAGCCAUCGUGGUUGGACUCAACUUUUUCCAACAAGCGACCGGGCAGGCAUUCGCUUCUCAAUAUGGGACUUUAUACGUCAAAUCUCUGCAAACAAUCAACAGUUUCAAUUUCAACGUGAUUAAUGGGUUCGUCGGACUCUGCGUGAUCAUAGUCUGCUUAUUCCUCAAUGAUCGGGUUGGCAGAAGACCUUUACUAUUAAUCGGCGCGGCUGUUCAAAUGGCAGCCUUGAUGACCAUGGGAGCGCUUGGGGUACACUCCCCAAAUUAUACAGCGAAAUCAGCCAUUGUCGCAAUGCUGUCCCUAUUCACGGUCGGCUUUAACAUCGGCUGGGCAGCUUUGACAUACGUUGUGACUACGGAAAUCCCAGCACUCCGGUUGCGAGAUAAUUCACAGCGCAUUGCAUCUGUUGCAAAUGUGCUAACGUUCUUUGUGGUUGCAUUUACUAUGCCAUAUCUAAUGGAUUCUGAUUAUGCAAACCUCCAGUCAAAGGUUGGUUUUAUCUACGGAAGUCUCUCUGUUGCAUCGAUUUUUUUCGUGUACUUUUGUGUGCCAGAAUGUCAUGGACGGUCAUUUGAGGAAAUUGACCAGAUGUUCCGCGAGAAAGUUAGCCUUCGAAAGUUUGGUACUCAUGAGCAGUCUGAACUUGUCGUGGAAGUCCACUUCAAGGACCGGUCAGGGAAGAUUGAUAGUGUCUAG